AUGCGCUGGAGCCGAAAUCGCGGCCAGCUGAUUCGAUCUCUAAGUGAUGAUAUUAACGCGGAACAUAGACGCAUGAGCGACCUCAUCAUUGCAGGCAUCCUGACACUUUUGCUCAUUGAUGUACCUACAACACCCAGCGUCUUCACCAAUGAUGCGCGUGAGAUCCUUAACCGGAUCCAUAAAUUCUCCCCAGACCAGUGGGCCGAGUCCAAAUUUGCGUCACCCGCAGAAUGGGUCCUUCUAGGAAACAUCCACCAGGUGGCUGUGGAUGCGUGCUUCGAUCAGCCUUAUAAUUUUGCCAUGAACAUGUCUCUCGAUGAUGGUGGAUUGCGGUAG